CGGCGGCACACGAGCCGCCAUGCGGCUGGGCUCAGGAGCCUUCGCCGCCUGCUGCGUGGUGAUUGAGGUGCUCGGGGUCGCUGUCUUUCUCCGGGGUUUCUUCCCCGUGUCGGUGCGCUCUGCGUCCCGGGUCCAGCCCCUGACCCCUGCGCCGGAGCCCGCGGCAGGAACAACUUCCAACUGGACCCAGCUUCCACCUCCUCUCUUCAGAAAAGUUGUUAUAAUGCUGGUAGACGGCUUGAGAGGCGAUUUUGUUUUUGGAUCAAAGGGUGUGCAAUUCAUGCCUUAUACAACUUAUCUUAUAGAAAAAGGAUUCACUCAUAGUUUUAUAGCAGAAGCAAAGCCACCCACUGUCACUCUGCCUCGAAUCAAGGCUCUAAUGACGGGAAGCAUCCCUGGCUUUAUUGAUGCUGUUAUGAACUUUAAUUCUCCCGUGUUGCUGGAAGACAACCUCAUUGGGCAGGCAAAAGCAGCUGGGAAAAGAAUCAUCUUUUAUGGAGAUGAUACAUGGAUUAAAUUAUUCCCAAAGCAUUUUGUAGAAUACGAUGGAACAACCUCCUUUUUCGUGUCAGAUUUUAGAGAGGUUGAUGAUAAUGUUACAAGGCAUUUGGAUAAUGUAUUAAAAAGGGAAGACUGGGAUAUGCUAAUACUUCACUACCUAGGAUUAGAUCAUAUUGGUCACAUAACUGGGCCACAUAGUCCCAUGAUAGGACCAAAGCUUAAAGAAAUGGAUUACAUCCUAAAGAAGAUCCACAUUUCAUUAUUGUCCAAGGAGAGAGAGGCUUCUUUGCCCCAUUUAUUGGUCCUUUGUGGAGAUCAUGGGAUGUCUGAAACAGGAGGCCAUGGAGCCUCUUCAGUAGAGGAAGUGAGCACACCUCUGAUUUUGAUCAGCUCUGCAUUUCAAAGGAAAAGCGGUAACUUCCAACCUCCAAAGCACGUCCAGCAGACUGACCUGGCUGCCACACUAGCAGUGGGCCUUGGUUUGCCGAUUCCAAAAAAUAGCGUGGGGAGCCUGUUAUUUCCAGUUGUAGAAAGAGCAACAAUGAGAGAGCAGCUGAGGUUCCUGCACUUAAAUUCAGUACAGCUCAGCAGACUGCUGCAAGAGAAUGUGCCGAUGUAUGAAAAAGAUCCUGGAUUUCAGCAGUUUAAAGUAACAGAAAAGUUGCAUGGGAAUUGGAUCAAGCUCUACUUGGAGGGAAAUAAUUCAGAAGUCCUUUUAAACCUUGGCAGAAAAGUUCUUAAGCAGUAUUUAAAUGCUUUGAAGACCAUGAGUAUGUCACUGAGCAAACAAGUAGCCCAGUAUGAUAUGUACUCAAUGAUGAUUGGGACUGUCAUAGUCUUAGAGGUUCUGAUUCUGCUUUUGCUCAGUACCCCAAAAACCUUGUGCCAGAAGGCUGAAUUUGAGAUUCCACUGUGGUCUUCCUUGUUUUCCCUGCUCUUCUACUUGACGGUCCUCGUUCUCUCUGCGGUCCACGUCAUCGUGUGCACCUCGGCUGAGAGGUCAUGCUACUUUUGUGGUGUCUCUUGGCUGAUGGCCAUUGGGGUAAUGAUGCUGAUUUCCGCACUUCUCUGUGUGAUAUUGUCUGUUCUCACAAAUACAUUUGAGAAUGUCAAACUUCCAGCUAAGAAUUCAGCUGCCUCUGGUUCCAGCUGGUCGGGAUUAGAUCUGAUUAUUUUAUUUGGAACUCUGGGCCACGUUCUGAGUUUGGGUGCAAGCAGUUUUAUAGAAGAAGAACACCAAACCUGGUAUUUUCUUGUCAAUACUCUCUGUCUAGCACUGGGCCAUGAAAUAUGUAGAAACCACUUUCUUGGGAAGGACUUUGAUCAUAAUUUAGCUGUGGAAGGAGAUUUUCAAAAAGAUACUAAGAAAGUUUUACAAUACAGAAAUGACUCUGUGGAUGUUCCAGAGUACGACAAAAUGCACAAGAUAUCUUCUUUGGAACUGCCAGAGGGCUACGAAAAGUGGUUGGGAUUGGCCAGUCCAUGGCUUAUAUUGAUUUGCUGUAGACUGCUCCGCUCAUUAAAUCAGACUGGAGUGCAGUGGGCUCAUCGACCAGACUUUGGCCACUGGCUGACCAGUUCUGAUCAUAAAGCUGAACUCUCUGUUCUGGCAUUUCUAUCCCUUGUCAUGAUCUUCAUUCUGGUUCAGAGAAGAUGCUGUCCUGUUUCAAAAGUAGCAAUGGCACUGGGGCUCUUGGGAGUCUAUUGCUACCGAGCAGCAUUUGGAAAUGUCUUUUUGCCAUGGCAACGAGAUAACAAAGAUAUUUCUAAGGGAAUUAUUGAAGCUCGCUUUGUGUAUGUCUUUGUUCUGGGUAUUCUUUUCACCGGAACCAAAGACUUGCUUAAGUCCCAAGUCAUUUCUGCAGAUGUCAAUAUCAAGAGUCGAGGUUUGUGGGAAAUAUAUAGCGGAUUAGUUCUCCUAGCAGCCUUGUUGCUCCGACCUCACAAUCUUCCUGUUUUGGUGUUUAGUCUGUUGAUUCAAGCUGUAAUGACAAAAUUCAUCUGGAAGCCCUUGAAACACGAUGCAGCUCAAAUUACCAUAAUGCAUUAUUGGUUUGGCCAAGCGUUCUUUUAUUUUCAGGGUAAUUCCAAUAACAUUGCCACAGUGGAUAUUUCAGCAGGCUUUGUUGGCCUAGACCACUAUAUCGAAGUACCAGCUAUGUUCCUCACAGCCUUUGCAACAUAUGUAGGACCUAUCCUUUGGGCCAUUCACUUACUGAGUUUUUUGAGUUCAGAAAACAACAGCAGGAGUUCAGCAAUGAGUCACGCCUGCUUCUGCUAUGCAGUGAUAUGUUCCAUCCCUGUGUCUGCGUACAUCAUCCUGGUGACGUCCCUACGUUACCAUUUGUUUAUAUGGAGUGUGUUUUCUCCAAAACUUCUCUAUGAAGGAAUGCAUCUAUUACUCACAGCUACCAUUUGUGUGUUUUUCACAGCCAUGGACCAAACCAAUCUCAUAAAACCUUAGUCUAUUAAGUAUGCAGAAAAGAACUGUGCUUUUUAAAAAGCCUAUUAAUUGCUGACUGGAUUUGAGUAAUGGAAGAUAAGCUUAACUACUAAGAAGAUCAUUCCAGAAAAAGAUAAAAAGUUAUUUAUGGCUGAUGAGUUCUACCAGUUGUUGAAAAAAAAAUUCAACUUUUUUGACUUCUGUAUUUGAAUAUAGAUUUACUCUAAGUGACUUUUUGUGGUUGAGAUUGGGUAGGGGACAGGUGAGGGGAGGGGGAAGAGAAAGACUCUUUGACCAUUUGAAAAAGUACUAAUUUUGUUCCAGAAUAUUAAAUUUGAUUACAAACCAUGACCCUUUUUCCUUAACUCAAAUAAGUCUAAAAACUUCUGGUUUUGUUAAUUUACUCCAUAUGUGUUAUAAAUCUGACUCAGAGUUUUGUUUGUUAGUGAAUGACAGUCUUAAAAAGUUUUCAGCUUUACCCAGCUGCUUGAUGUGCUUAAUUCUGAGGGCUUAAGAAGUGGAGGGAGAAGAUGGAUCCUUACUUAGACUGUGGUGCAUGUGAAGCAGAUGUGUCUGUCUAACAUGUUUUUAUCCAUCUCUGCCAUGAUUAUUCAUGAGAUGGCAGGGAGAAAGAAAGAGGGACAUGAGUAUAACUAUAUGACCAUCCAUGAGCAAUAGCCAGCAGCUGACUUACUGAAUUGUAGUCAAAAGAUAUCCUAGGCUGAAGGAGAUACAAGAGGAGGAAACUGAAAGAGAGGAAGAUCAUCUGAUUCAGUCAAGUGACAGAAGGUACAGAAGGCUCGAAAAGAAUCAUUAAUGAGUAUGCUGAUGCCCCACGUUUUGCCCUGGGCUGGUCGAGGGUCAGGGAGGAGAGAGGAUGCUCCCUUCUACUCCCCCUGUUCUCUAGGGCAACGUCCCUGGACUACGUCCAUGCACCUAAGAAUUGGGGAGCACCAGGUGUCCUGCAAACACUUGGGAACUUUGCUAGAGAGAAACAAGGACAGGAACAGUGAGAUGUGGCAGUUCCUGUGAAAAAGACCUGGAGGUUUUUGUGAUUCUAAGGUCGCUGUGAGUCAUCAAUGUGACAUGGCAGCUAAAACCCCUAAUGUGAUCUUAGUGUCUUCAUCAAUAAAAACGUCCUGUCCAGAAAUUCACAGAUCAUAGCCCCUCUUUCUUCUGGCUUAGGUGGCCUAGAGGAUGAAGAAGACAUGAAUUCAGUUCCACCUCAGACGCUUACUAGCUGUGUAUUCCUGA